CAUAAUUUCUUAUAGCACAACACUGUUCUGUCAAAGUUGGGAUCUGUUCCUGUGGUGAAGGGAGCACUGUUCCAAGCUUCAGGUUCUUUGUGUAGCUGCUUUCAGAGCUAACUCUAUAAGCUUUCAGUUCUUCCUAGGUGGUAUGAUGUAUGGACAAUUGUGUUUAAUAUUCUUCCAGCCUGUGCUCUGUUCUUUGAACAAUCACAAACACUGUUUUCUUCCUUGGAACUGUGACCAGUGUCCCCUGUUCCCCUGUGGCAAGCACUGGUGUGUGUUAGUGCACUUCCUCACUCUGAGACUAUGACCCAGGACUGUGACCUGGAUCUGCAUAUGGGCAAUUUGACAAAAGUCUUAACCCAGAGCCAGCAAAGGGACCCCUGUAAUUUCCUUCUGAGGAGUUGUAUGAUACCUCCCCCCAUCUUACCUUUUGUGACCAAGAGCUCUGGAAGCCAUUGCUGCUGAUUUAGCUGCCCCCAAGGCCCAUUGUUGAGGUGAGCCCUACCUUAGUGACCUGCUUUGAGUCCACCUCAGUGCAACACAUAUAAGUUGUUUUGGGCAAAAAAGUAUUUCCCCUCAUCUUUUUGUGGGUUAUGCUAUUGCUUUCUGCUGCCUCUUCCAUCUCACUAGGGAAGAAGUAGCCACUUGGAAAAAAAAUAAUGAGAGUUUUGGCUUGGUUAACUUCUUAGUCUCCAUGCUUUUGGCAAGAGGUCCCAAUAACUAUUUCCAUCCACUCCAGGAAUUCUGAAUAUAGGGGCAUGGAAUAUCCAUCUGCCUUAGCCUCCCUUGUCUCUUCUUCCUCCCCAAUCUGUCUGACAUCCAAUUCCCUCUAGAAUCCUGUCCCUACUGAGAAGUAGAAAAGCUCCACUGUAGUGGAUUGGUACUUAAGGGGAUGCCCAAAUUCUCAGUUAUUCUCUUUUCCUUCCCAACAGCAUGUCGAGGGAACUUAGAUGAACUGGAUAUUACCAGCAAUCUGGAAAACCAGAAGACACUGCAGAAGCUGUAUGAGCAGUGUGAAGUGGUGAUGGGAAACUUGGAAAUUGUGCUUACUCAACAUAGCUCUGACCUCUCCUUCCUGCAGCGGAUCCAGGAGGUAACAGGAUAUGUUCUCAUUGCAAUGAAUGAGUUCUCUACUCUACCACUCCCCAACCUUCGUGUGGUACGGGGGACCCAAGUCUACGAUGGGAAGUUUGCCAUCUUUGUCAUGCUCAACUACAACACAAACUCCAGCCAUGCCCUACGCCAGCUCCGCCUCAAUCAGCUCACAGAGAUCCUGGCUGGGGGUGUUUACAUUGAAAGGAAUGAUAAACUUUGUCACAUGGACACAAUUGACUGGAGAGACAUCGUGAGGGACCCACAGGCUGAGAUUGUGGUCAAGGAUAAUGGCAAAAACUGUCCCCCUUGUCACGAGUCCUGUGGGGGGAAAUGCUGGGGUCCUGGACCAGAAGACUGCCAGACAUUGACAAAGACAAUCUGUGCCCCACAAUGCAAUGGCCACUGCUUUGGACCCAACCCCAACCAGUGCUGCCAUGAUGAGUGUGCAGGUGGAUGUGGAGGUCCCCGGGAGACAGACUGCUUUGCAUGCCGACACUUCAAUAACAGUGGAGCCUGUGUGUCUCUGUGCCCACAGCCCCUCGUCUACAACAAGCUCACCUUCCAACUGGAGCCCAAUCCUCACACUAAAUACCAGUAUGGAGGGGUCUGUGUGGCCAGCUGCCCCCAUAACUUUGUGAUAGAUCACACCUCCUGUGUCAGGGCCUGUCCUGGGGACAAGAUGGAGGUAGAAAAGAAUGGACUGAAGAUGUGUGAGCCCUGUGGAGGGCUGUGUCCAAAAGCCUGUGAGGGGACAGGCUCAGGGAGCCGAUUUCAGACUGUAGAUUCCAGUAACAUUGAUGGGUUUGUGAACUGUACCAAGAUCUUGGGCAACCUGGACUUCCUUAUCACUGGACUCAAUGGAGACCCCUGGCACAACAUACCAGCCCUGGAUCCUGAGAAGCUCAAUGUUUUUCAGACAGUUCGGGAGAUCACAGGUUACCUGAACAUCCAGUCAUGGCCUCCCCACAUGCACAAUUUCAGUGUCUUCUCCAACCUAACCACCAUUGGAGGCCGGAGUCUCUACAAUCGGGGCUUCUCACUGCUGAUCAUGAAAAACGUGAAUGUGACAUCCUUGGGCCUGAGGUCCCUGAAAGAAGUCAGUGCUGGGCGUGUCUAUAUCAGUGCCAACCGGCAGCUCUGCUACCACCACUCUCUGAACUGGACCAGGCUGCUUCGGGGACCAAAGGAAGGGAGGCUGGACAUCAAGCACAACCGGUCCAAAAAGGACUGUGUGGCAGAGGGCCGAGUGUGUGACCCGCUAUGCUCCUCUGGGGGUUGCUGGGGCCCUGGGCCUGGCCAGUGCUUGUCCUGUCGCAACUACAGCCGAGGGGGAGUCUGUGUGACCCAAUGCAACUUCCUGAAUGGAGAACCUCGAGAGUUUGCUCACGAGGAUGAGUGCUUCUCCUGCCAUCCUGAGUGCCAGCCUGUGGAGGGCAAUGUCACCUGCUAUGGCUCGGGCUCAGAUGCUUGUGCUCAGUGUGUCCACUUCAGGGAUGGGCCACACUGUGUGAAUACCUGCCCCCAUGGCCUCCUGGGUGCCAAAGGACCCAUCUACAAGUACUCUGAUGCUCAUGGAGAGUGUCUACCUUGCCAUGAGAACUGCACUCAAGGGUGUAAGGGACCAGAGCCCCAUGAUUGUUUGGGAGGACUAUAAUCCAUCAGCAGGUAGGAUGUGGUGGGGGUAAAUGUUUUAUACCUCAAGUCUUCUUAGUGUUUUCCAUCAAAACCCUUGGUAUAUACCCUGACCCUACUUUACUUUGAGGACCAAGAUUCUUUUUUAUUUAUAUUUUGUCCUUUCUAACUUCCUCUUGCCUCCUUUUCUUUUACUGUUAACUUUCUACUAAUCUCUUGUCUUUUCCUCAGCAAUGCUUGAAAGCCCUCUAUUUCAGAAGAGUAGAAUAUUUUCCAUUGUAAGCCUUUGCCUGUUGCCUUCUGUAAGACUGUAUUCCAAGAUUUUCUCUCCCUUAUCCUAGUUACUGCCAGAUCUUGUGUGGUUCCUUAGUACUUGCACUCUAACAUUGUAUGUUUGUUUUAUUUUUUUCUUUGACCCAGAAGUUCUAACUUUUGGCUAUGCUUCUGGGAAUUUUGAUUUUAAGAUUUCUUUCUGAAGGUGAGCAGCAGACUCUUCCUAUUUUUACUUUGCCCUCUGGUUCUAAUAAAUUUGAUUAAUAUUCAUUCACAACUUCUUGAAAUAUGGCAUUCAGGGGGUUUUUUAGUCAUAUUUUUCAGUGAAUCCUUUCAGUAUUCUUUUUUUUUAACUCUUAUGUUCUGUCUUAGAAUCAAUACUGCAGUGGUUCUCAACCUUUCUAAUGCUGUGACCCCACACUACAGUUCCUCGUGUUGCAGUGACCCCAAACCAAAAAAUUAUUUUGGUGGCUACUUCAAAACUGUAAUUUUGCUACAGUUAUGAUUCGGAAUGCAAAUACCUGAUAUGCAUUAUGUAUUCUCGUUGCUACAAAUCGAGAGGUUGAGAACCGCUGCAAUACUGUAUAUUAGUUCUAAUAAGGGCUAGGCAAUGGGGGUUAAGUGUCUUGCACAGAGUCACAUAGCUAGGAAGUGUCUAAGGUUGGAUUUGAACCCAGGACCUCCCAUCUCUGGGCCUGGCUCUCAAUCCACUGAGCCACCCAGCUGCCCCCCUCUUUUCAGUAUUCUUAAACUGUUUCUCCUCAACAUUUUUCCCAGGUCAGUUGUUUUUAAUGGCACACACAUUUUCCAUUUUUCAAUCUUUUGAUCAGUUUGAACACUGGCCUGUUGCUAGGUCCCAUCUAACACAAGUGACUCCAUAUUUGAUCACUAAUUGACUCAACUUUAAACCAAAUUCCUAGACACCCAGUAGUGGUUUGUCAGCUUCUCUUAGGCAAGGAAUGCAAAGCCCUCCAGAUUAUUAUCAGUUUAGUACACUUUAUCUAAUCCAAAUAUGCAAGGUUGAUCAGUUUGCCCUUGUAAUCUGAUCAAUAAGGGGGGAGGUAGAAUAAAGUCCAGACCACCCACUGAUUGACUCCCUCAGGUGCAAUUCCUGUGAAUCUGUCCAUCACCAACAAUCAGCUGCUGCCAUGUUCUGCUUCCCCAUGGGACUGAAGGGAUGAGUAGCUAGCCCAAUGCUUGCUUGCCCAUCAGUAGUAAAAGGCCUGACUUGUGUUCCUUCUCAGUGCCUUCCCUAUGAUCUCCUCAAAAGUGGGUAGCAGGAGCAGGGAACUGUGAGAUCAUCCUCCUCUUGAUUUGGAAAGAUUGCCAAUGGAAAACAGGGGGCAGAGCUCUUGGGGGAGUGCUGGGGAGAUCUCCUCAGUCUUGGGAGUUAGUUCCCCAGAGGACACAAGAGCUCUGUCCCUGGGUCAGUGCAAAAUCAAAACAAAUUCAAAGGAAAGGAAAUGUUCCUUCUCAUGGCCCCCAACAGCAAGAAAUAUUUGUCCUCACCCUUGUCAACGUGAAAUCUAGAGGGGAGUGACAAGGUCAAAACCUGGGGUUUCUGCCUCCCAACUAAAUAAACUGGGGAUCACCAAACCCCUCCAAACUACAAGUCUGGGAACCUCUAGAUUCCACGUUGACACUCUAAUACUGACAGAGACUCAUUUGGAAGUGGGAGCUACAAGAAGGCAACUGGGGUGUUCUAGUCAAAGAGUUAAAUAGCGUAAGGCAGAGGUCUGUGAAAAGAAGAUGGCGAACAGAUGGAUGGAUGGAUGGAUGGAUGGAUAGAUGGAUGGAUGGGGCCUCUGAGCACUUGGGCACAGGGUGGGGUGCAGCACCGUUCCUUAAUAACAUGGGAGUUCCUGGCUUGGCAGAGGACUGUCAUCAGAUCUCUCAUCCUUUCAAACAAGUGAGGGAAGCAAUCACUCCCUCGGAGGACUUUUGCCAGAAGUUGCCAAAAGGGAAUGCCUUCCUGGGACUUGACUCACUUUAAAGACUUGACCUUAGAUAUGAGGCUAGAGGCCAGCUCUAGGGUCUCCUCCCCUGUUAAAAUCCAAUGGCCUGGAUGAAGGAGUCUCUUUGUGAUGAGAUUGCUUGCAAAUACAUUCUUUUCAAUGCCUCUCAGACUACUGGACCAGGACCUCCAAUUGGCUUUUCCUUGGCAUGGAAGGCAAUACACCUUCUCUGUCCAAUCUCAGGGGUUUUGGAACAACCCCGCAAUUUGUCCCCAUUGGGAAAGGUGGCCAGUAUCCAAGGCCCCCCUGAUCCCAUGGCAUUACAGCCCUCCGUUCCAUAGAUCACAUUGUGUUGGCCACUCAAAUGGAAAAAGAAAAGCAGUGUGCAAAGAUUACAGGGUCACUAAUCCUGAAAGAAUGCUGGACCUGGAGUUAGAAAGGUCUGAGUUCAAAUCUGGCCUCAGACACUAGUCACAUUACUGUGUGACCCUGAACAAGUCACUUAACCUUGUUUGCCUCAGUUUCAUCAUUUGUAAAAUGAGCCGGAGAAGGAAAUGGCAAACCAUUCCAGUAUCUUUGCCAAGAAAAUACCAAAUAGGGUCAUGAAGUGUUGGACCCAACUGAAAAGACUGAAGGUCAAUGAAACCUAAGCCACUGACCUGUCAGACCUCCCCCACCUAAGGAUAAGUGGGGUGUAUGUGCUUUUGGUGAUUAAAUCUAAAAAUGGGCAGGGGAGAGUUAAUCCCAUCUUCCCAGUACCUGAGAGAGGAAUUCACCUAACCCAAGCAUGUGCCCAGUUAGUGCUAGAGCAAUACCCAGCAUGUCAACAGAAGAAAUGUGUUUUUGUGCCCAUGGAAGGGAGCGUCCCUGGGGCACUUGGCCAACGCAAUCUUGCAGUUACACCUCAUUGACCUUCUGUCUCCACAGCAGCCACUACAAUAUAUUCUUACAGCAAUUGGCACUCAGGCUGGAUAUGGAAUAGCUGUAGUAAUGGCAUAUCCCCCUGCCAAGGCCCCUGCUCAAGCCCUUGAGAUUCACAACUCUUAGAUGUUUGGAGGGAGCAGCUGGAUGGCUCAGUGGAUGGAGAGCCAGGCCUAGAGACGGGAGAUCCUAGGUUCAACUCUGACCUCAGACACUUCCCAGCUAUGUGACCCUGGGCAAGUCACUCAUCCUCCAUUGCUAGCCCUUUCCACUCUUCUGCCCUGGAACCCAUACACAGUAUUGACUCCAAGACAGAAAGUAUGGUUUAGAAAAGAAAGAAAAAGUCUGGAUAACCAGAUUACACUUCUGCUGAUUAUGGGACCUUUAUUUGCUCUUCCUUCACCCAGCAGUGGUCCUGAGAGCAAGGCCAUACAGUGUCUUCCUGCUUUGUAUCACCCUCAGGCAGCUGGGAUAAUAGAACCAUGGAAGGGCCAUUAAAAGCUCCACUCGCUGGUAGACACCAUUGCCAAUGACCCAUGGACUGGAUGAGUAGAUCAGCUUGCAUGGGCAACCUUCACCAGAGCCCCAAAGAGCUCUUUUCCCCUGACCCACCUGCCUGCCACACACACAUUUUCAGGGAAUGGAGACAAGGAACUGCAACUGCCUUUGGCAGCAACUGAUAUACCAAACCAGGAGUCCAGAGCUUGGCCUCAACCCUCCCCAGCUCUUAUUUCUAUAUGACCCUUGUGCUAGGCAUGGGUUUUAGAGUUUCAAAUAUAAGAACAAUGUAUUUUUAAAGGCACAAACGAGCCUUACAAAAACAGGCAGCAGGUGCCAUAGUUUGCCCUGUUCUAGACUUACCAUUGACUAGACUUCCCACUUCCCUCACUCCCAAACUGAGCCCAAGUGCAGGAUGGUUUCUUUUCUCAGCUGGUUAGGGAGAUGUGGACACCAACUUCCCAGAAUGCCGUUCUCCUUCCUCCGAUCAUCCCCAUCAGCUCCUAUUUUUACUUCUCAGAGAAGGAAGGAGACAAUUUUCUUAGGUCUCCGAACCCCCUUUAUUUUUCUCAGGUCCACCCAGGAGAAGACCUUCCCUAGCAAGGUCACAGGAUGGUUCUAGUAGAUUCCUCCUCCUCCUCCAAUCUGGAGCAGCUACAAUUAGAAUCCGAUGGGAAGGUCUGGUUUAGUUACACAGGGGGUGUCCACGGACAUCGUAGCAGAAACAGAAAUAUGAUUUUAAUUGCAAAAGGGAAGAUGGAUUAUCAUUUAAUGGGGAAUAAACACCCCAGACCAAGAGAAGGUGGGAAGGAGAUGGGGUAAGACUGUAAUGUAUCCAUACUACUUCUAGGUGAGCUUGAAAACCUAUGGUGAUGGAUCCUGCUAAUAAUAUGCCUCAGUCAGGCUGGCCACAGUCUCCUGGCUCACCUGUCACCAUGACAUCUACCAUCCAUUCUUCUGCUCCUGCUUUCAGCUCUACCAUCACAAAAUCAACAGUCUACAGAAGUACAGUAAGGCUAUUGCUAAGGCAUCCCACUGAGUGUGUUACCCAAAUGAUUGAUUUUUAGUAUCCAUGACAAUAAUGUGACUAUAAAAGACGUGAUCAAAGGAAUUCCCUAAAACCCAAAUAGGAAAGUGAGGAAGAUGAAUUGUGAAGAUCAGACUCUUUGAAGCCCUAGCUGACAGAAGCUUUGUCCAGCUUUGUCCCAGGAAGUUUCUAUAUACCCACCACUGGUUUAGUCAGCCUCCUUCAGGCAAAGCUCUCCUGAUUAUAAAUGGUUUGGUAACCCCAUCAAAUCCAGGUAUUCCAGGUUCACCAACUUGCCUAAUUACAAUGCUCUGCUGAUGAAUGAGGGGUAUUCAACUCAUCCAAAAGUCCUCUUCCCAUUUGAUCACUGUGAAUCUGCCCCAAACAACAAUCAAAUAUAAGGGCAGAGACCAGACCUCUGCACUUUCAGUUGCGAUACACAGUCAUCCCACACACUGUAGAGAGGGAAAUUACAGGAUGCCAGGAAUGAUGGACAGGGGCUUGAGAUCAGAAUCUUCAUGAGCCUGGUUGGGUCAGAAUUUAGGGUUAGAGAUCAUCUGUGGACAUUACCCCCUGGGAUUCCUGUUUCUGACUCACCAAGGACUCUUUGAGAGAUACUGAUCCCCUGUUGGACAUGCCUUUAGAUAACUUGGGUUUUAGUCUAUUGUAAGUCAGAUAUUGUUUAUUAGUGGGUAAAAGAAUUCAGAUUUCACCCUUUCCCAUUUCCCUUUCCUUCAUCCCUUCUAUGUUAAAUAAAUUAAAUAUUUAUAUUUUUUCCCUCUGUGUUACAUUCUUUCCCCGAUCCAAACUAUAUAUACAUUUAACACCACCUACCUUAUUCUUGCCCAAAAGACUAAAGGUUUGUGGAGCUACACACUUGUGUGCUUAUAACAAUCCUCUGAGCACUUGAGUUCCUUCUCCAAAUCUCGUACUUUGCACACAAUUUGUUAUUAUCUCAUAAACUCUGAGUUCUGUUAGAUUUAUUCAGAGAUCUGCCUCUUGGGCCAGAUUCCCUUCUAGGUGCCUGAUUCUCCUUCCAAUUUUUUCCUUCUGUUGAAGAUAUAACUAUGCCAAUCUAUCUCCAAUUUUAGGUUCAAUGGUGGGAAAGAAAUAAAGCACUUAUAAACUUAUAAGUUAUUAUAUAAUAAAAUCAAAUUGACUUUGCCCUUAAAAGAGCAAACAUGCAAUAAGGAUAGAAUUGUACUUAACUUCUCUAGAUACAUCCUCCUUCAUCUCCUUAUGGAAACUCAUCUGGUCAGCAGAUUAUCAAGAUUUGGCAUCUUGAGUGAUCUUAGGCACCUAGUAAGUCUGAGAGGCCCUGAUUCCAUGUGGCUACAACUUUUUAUCCCUCUGGUUGUCAAGGAGGAUGCAGCUAGAUGUCACAGUGGACAGAGUGCCCAACCUAGAGUCAAGAAGACUCUUCUUCCCAAGUUCAAAUCUGGCCUUAGACACUUACUAGCUGUGUGAUCCUGGGCAAGUUACUUAACUGUUUGCCUCAAUUUUAUCAUUUGUAAAAUGAACUGGCAAAGGAAACAGCAAACUACUCUAGAAUCUUUGCCAAGAAAACCUCAAAUGGGGCCAUUAAGCAUUGGACUGACUGAACGACUGAACAACAAGGUGACUGGGGAGCUGCAUCAGAGAAGAUGAAGGCAAGUAGGUUCUGGGAGCAGAUUUGUCUUCUCUUGGGAAAAACAUCUCUAAGAUGUAGAUGAGAAGAAAGAAGCUGGGUCAGGGCAACACUAAUUGUAUUACAUACCGCCCCCCCCCCCUUGGUGGAAAAGUCCUAAACAUCUUCUAAAACAGUUAUGCCAAACUCAAAUAAAAAUGGGAGCCACUAAAUCAUGUAUCAGGAGUCCUGAAGGAUGCAUAUUGACUUAGUUGUUGUUGUUGUUUUUUAAGGAAUAGUAUCUAUCUUUUAUUUUUAAAAUUUGUUUAGUAAAUAUUUCCCAAUCACUUGUUCAUCUGGUUUGGGCCACAAUCAAAAGUAUUAUAGUCUUUAGCUAUAUUGGCAAUGCAAUGAUCCAGGUCAAUUCUGAGGGAUUUAAGACAAAGAAUGUUCUCCACCUCCGGAGAAAAAACUGCUGGAAUCAGAAUGCAGAUGAAGGCAGAUGAUUUUUCAGUUGUUUAUUUGGAUUUAUGUUUGGGGGGUUUGGUUUUAUAAGAUUAUUCAUUUACAACAAUAAACAAUAUGGAAAUAUGUUUUGCAUGAUAAUACAUGUAUAACCAAAUCAAAUCACGUGCCUACACCAGGAUGGAGAAGGGAAGAGAAGGAGAUUAAUUUGAUCAUAUGACUUAGGAAAACCAGUACAGAAAUUUAUUACAUGUAAUUGGUAAAAAAAUAAAAAUUAAAAAUAGUUUGGUGCCAAAAAAAGCUUAAUUUCAGUGAUGUAUCAAGGCAAUUCAUAUUUUCAGAUACACUGUUCUAAUAAAUGUUUACUUGUUAUUCAAAA